AUGGAUGAGGGAGCCGGUGACACUCCACAGCUUGAACCUGUAGGAAAUGAGCCAGACCUGAAUGCAUUUCCAGCCUUGCUGUUAAAUAAUGCUCCGCUAUCAGAAGGGGAAGUCAACGCGACAACACCAUCCAUGGUAGAGCAGUUUAUACUGUCAAUCGAUAUCGGCACUACCAAUCUUAGGGGCCAUGUUUAUAGCAAAUCGGCGAGCCUGAAGGGCUCUAUAUCCAAGCAGCAUCAGAUCUUGCAGCCGUUGCCAGGUUGGCGAGAGCUAGACCCUCACAGACUGCUAACAGAUGUAUGUGCUGUCGCACAGGACAGCAUUAAAGCUGCAGGUCUGAGGCCCCAGCAGAUCACCUGUAUGGGCAUCACAACCAUGAGGGCAACCUUUGUUACCUGGGACAGAGAAACUGGCGAACCGUUCCAUAACCUUAUCACCUGGCAAGACUUACGAGCUGCCGAUUAUGUUUCUAUAUGGAACAAAUCGUACACAUUACGUGCACUAAAUACCGGUGCGAAGAUUCUUCACGCACUUAUGAGGAAAAAACGCCAUCUGGCAGCGAGUGUGCUCAAGUUUAUGUCAAAACAAGUUACCAUGAGACUGCUGUGGGUAUUUGACAACAUCCCUGCUAUCCGAGAGCGUGCUGCACUGGGUCAGGUCAUGUUCGGCUGCACAGAAUCCUGGAUCUUGUGGAAUCUGACGGGGAAGAAGAGUCAUGUGACCGAUUACUCUUGUGCCAGUUCCACAGGCCUCUUUGAUCCUUUCCAGAUGGAGUGGAGCACGAUUGUGUGUGGCCUGCUCAAUAUUCCAAUGUCUAUAUUCCCUCAGAUUCUGGACACCAGUGGAAGUUUUGGUGUCACAGAUGCAACCGUGAUUGGUUUUGAAGUGCCUAUCACCGCUGUUGUUGCGGACCAGCAGAGUUCUAUGUUUGGCCAUUGUUGCUUCGAUGUGGGGGAUGUCAAGUGCACCAUGGGAACUGGAACAUUUUUAGAUCUAAACACGGGCAGCAAGCCUCAUGCGUCUAUUGCAGGUCUGUACCCACUGAUUGGUUGGAAGAUUAGGGAUGAGCUGGUGUUUUUGGCAGAGGGGCAGUCUGCUGACACUGGGAUUGUUCUAGAGUGGGCAAAGACAUUAGGACUGAUAGCCGAUCCUGCAGAAAGUUCCAGUUUGGCCGAAUCUGUUGCAGAUUCCGGCGGAGUCUUCUUCGUGCCAGCAUUCAGUGGGCUGCAGGCCCCAUUCAACGAUGACAGAGCCGUGACGGCCAUAUUCGGGGUGACCCCGUCCACAACAAAAGCACAUCUGGUCAGGUCCAUGUUGGAGUCCCUGGCCUUCCGCUUCAAAUCCCUCUACGAGACAGCGCUCACAGAGACCAGGAUUCCUUUAUCUCAUGUCAGAGUUGAUGGAGGAGUUGCCAGAAAUGAUUUUCUGGUUCAGUUGAUGAGCGACACAGUCAACCAAGUAAUUGAUCGUAGUCAACACAGCGACAUGUCUUGUCUGGGUGCUGCAUUUCUGGCAGGACUUGCUGCAGGUGUGUGGUGUAGCAAGGAGGAGUUGCGGGCAUUACGGCAAAGUGACAGACAGUUUGAACCGAGGCACAACUGGUCGCAGGUCAAGGUGCUUUAUCAUCAGUGGGAGAAUGCAGUUCAUAGGUCACAGAACUGGUAUCCAUCUUCUUGA